AUGAAGCACGAGGGCUGGGAUACUGCCAGGUUGCCCAAGCCUAGACAGGGAAGUCGAGAGGUAGAGGUCGGGUUCGUGAAUUCGCGCUCUAAUCACGAGCUAUCUCGCCCCCAUAAAUGCUGUAACGUUGUGAUCUUGAGCAAGCUAAACACUGACCUUACCCAGAGUGGAAUGGGGGUGCGGGGAUGCUUGGCGAUUUGCACCGACUCGGCCAUUUGUAGUGGGGACCGUAGUCCUCGUCCCAAAACCAUAACAUUCUCUAAAUCUACAUUGUGUCCCGUGUCCAGUGCAUGUUACUCUAUUAUUGAGUCUUUCAGUAACGCUCAAUAUUCACCUGCACUUCUCGGCGGCCUGUUUAUUUUGCACCUGUUCUCACCGAUUCUGGUCGUUGUCCGAUCAAGUUCUUCAGUGCACAGAGCCCUGAUACGCCUAAACAUUGAUGAAGCAAUACCAGCGAAUACCGGCUUCGGAGAGGCAGGCGAGUAG